GUGAUCGAGAUGAUGUUGGUCGCAACGCUGGAUUUCUCAGUUAUGUCCAAAGUUACUCUUUAUGCAUUUAAGACUUACAGGAAUUCCGUAGCUAAGGUUACUUAUUUUCAAGACAGGAUUAAACAAAAUAUAUAACAUAAAGUGAUCAGAUACAAACAGGAAACAACUCGCGUAGAGCGAGCUGUUUAUAAAAGUGUGUUUUUUCGGCUGCCGUCUCAAAAUGUAUUUGCCCAAAGGGAUACCGAGCCAAUGGUAGCUCAAGUAGCUUCAAAAUACAUGAUUGUUCUAUUCCAAACUCCAGAGCGAGAUGAUUCGUAAGGACAGAAGAAAGUUGAAAAGUAUGAAAAAAUUAUUCAAAUGAAGUUAGUAAGUAAAGAUGAAAAGCUGCCUAUUUCUGUUGAUAAACUCAUUGCUACAAACAGCUGCCAAUACAAUCACUUUUCAUGUACCGGAAGAACAACCAGCUCACACAAAAGCUGGCAAACUACAAAAAAACCCUAAUUCACAUGUUACUUUACUUUUGCACGAGAAAGAUUUUUCUGUAGACAAAACAUCCGGGAUAAUCUAUACAAAAAAAGUAUUUGAUCGAGAGAAGCUAAGUAGGAAUGAAAGAAGGAAUGGUAUUAGACUUAUAUUUGAUGUGGAUGGUCAAACAGUCAAAGCUAUAGUUAAUAUUACAGACAUAAACGAUAACAUACCCUAUUUUCAGAAAUUGGUUUCAUGCUUUACAAUAAGUGAGGAUGUACCUAUAAACCACUCCAUAAAAAUUGAAGAAGCAGUUGAUAAAGACAUUGGUACCAAUGCAAUAACUUUAUAUCGUAUAAUUUCUGGAGAUAAAUUCAAUAACUUUAAACUUGUCAAAAAUAGAAAUGGAUUGUACCUUCAAAUCAUAAAGAACUUAGAUCGUGAGCAACAGGCAGAGAAUAUACUAUUAAACAUAACAGCGUGUGAUAAAUUGAGUAACCUUUGCAAUUUUGGUUUCAUUAAUAUAACAAUUGCUGAUGUAAAUGACAAUAAGCCAACAUUUUCAAAAAAUACCUACAAUGCCGAUGUUUAUGAAAAUACUACCAUUGGUGCUACAAUCCUUUUUGUCCACGCCUCAGAUGCUGAUAAAGGUUCUAACGCAAACAUUAUAUACACCAUUCAGCCACAGCAUACACACUUUACUAUAAACUCUCACUCAGGAGCAGUGAUUUUGCAACAGUCUCUUGAUUACGAAUACCGUAGACGUUAUACAAUCAUUGUAGUUGCUGCUAAUGUCCACCCACCUGUGUACAAAACCACAGCCACUGUUGUAGUCACUGUUUUAGACUGUAAUGAUAAUGCUCCAGACAUCAGUUUUACGUAUAGUUUAUCUGGCGUGUAUAAUGUUAUGGAAAACGAAAAGAUCGGUACCAAGGUUGGAACUGUUGUUGUUUCUGAUAAGGAUGCCGAUUUGCAGAGUAGCCAAGUAACUUUAAGUCUUACAAAUACAGAUCAAGCAUUCAAGCUUGAACAAGACUUGUCAAAACAAGGUGUCUAUAGCCUCUGUGUAAACAAAGGUAUUGAUCGUGAGAAAACUCAAAGAUACUUUGUAAACCUCACAGCAAUUGACAAUGGAAGUCCCUCAUUAUUAACUAUUCGCCAAGUAAUUUUAAACGUAGGGGAUGUUAAUGACAAUGCUCCAACCUUUCCACAGAAAUUGUAUAAAGCGUCAGUAAAUGAUUCGACACCCGUUGGAUCCAUUAUAUUAACUGUUUUAGCAUCAGAUUUAGAUAUUGGACCCAACAGAAAAUUAACCUAUGAAAUAAAAAACGAUUCAAGUAAUGGUUUUCUUUCCAUAAAUAAAACAACAGGAAAUAUUUAUAUAAGAAGGCCUCUUGAUCCAAAAGCAAUGCAGACAAUUCGGUUAGAUAUAUCUGCAAGAGAUCAUGGUUCACCUGUCUUAGUUGGAAACACAUCUGUGGCUGUUACUUUGAUCGAUUCAAACGACAACGAUCCUUAUUUUGAUCCAUACAUUAUGAAUUUUAAUGUAUCUGAAAAUAACAAAAGAGACAUUUUAAUUGGAAAAGUCAGUGCAAGCGAUCGUGACAUCGUCGGUUCAUCUGAGAUAGUUUACAAGUUAAACGACACGUCAUUUUACAUUGUUCCAACUACUGGCGUCAUCAGUGCUCGUCGUGUAUUCGAUCGCGAAAAGAAGGCGUAUUAUUAUUUGACGGUGACGGCGACAGACGGUGGUGGUCGGCAAGGCAACGGUUUAGUAGUCAUACGUAUUGUUGACGUCAACGAUUGCUCUCCGAAAUUUGAGAAGACAUUCUUGAAUUUGUCCAUACAUGAAAACUUUCCCAUCAAUAACGUGGUGGCAUACGUGAAGGCUGUUGACGAAGACGAAGGGAGCAACGCACGUUUGAUAUAUUCAGCUAGAUUCCAAGAAGACGUCUUUGCAAUCAAUCGAACCUCCGGCGGUGUUAUUUUAAAACAAUCGUUACUCAAACUAACUCAACGGAAGUAUAACUUUCAAGUAGAGGUGGAGGACGCGUUUGGUUUAAAAGGCCAAAACGUGGCGCGGGUGCUGUUAAAUGUUUUACCGAAAAACACUAAAGCGCCAAUCUUUCAGCAGAAGUCAUAUCAUUUCGCUCUCUCCGAGAACAACAAGAAGCAUAAAAUAAUUGGAAAAGUUAGUGCAAACAGACCUGUCUCAGGGAGUACAGCCUUUAUUAAAUAUCUUAUAAUUGAUGGCAACACUUAUAACCCCUUCAGUAUCAACAAAAAUGGCGAAGUCUCUGCCAAUCAAGUGUUGGAUUACGAGCGCAGACACAUAUACACGUUGCGAAUACAGGCUGUUGAUCUUUUAGAUCGUACUUUGACUUCGAUCGCCAUUGUUCGUAUCUCUGUUAGAGACGAAAAUGAUAACAAGCCAAUAUUUAUCUCCACAAAAAAGCGCAUCGAUGUUGAAGAAGGUGUCUCUAUCGGUCACAUACUGUAUGUAUGCAAAGCUUACGAUAGAGAUCAAGGAGAUACAAACCGCAUUGUUUAUAGCAUUUUCAACACGACUGGACCAUUUAAAAUCAAUAACAUCACAGGUGAGGUUACUACCACUGGUUCAUUGGAUUACGAAGCUGUACAAUCCUACUGGAUGGUUUUGCAAGCUGCCGACGGAGGUACUCCUGUGUUGGUGUCGCACAUUAAACUAGAAGUGCGUGUUAUGGAUAUUAACGACAACCCUCCAAUAUUCGAUAAAGCGUCGUACGUGAUUCAUGUGAAGGAGAGCUUAAAGGUUGGUACAGUCAUAACAACAUUAAACGCUUCCGAUCCAGAUUCUGGUAAAAACGGGACGUUUCACUUUAUUUUGUCACCGUCGUUGGACGCUAAAACAUUCUUUUGCGACAAAGACGGUGUGUUGUCAUUGAAAGAGGCAGUCGAUCGCGAACGCAAAGAUACCUAUGACAUUAACUUUGCUGUGCAAGACGAAGGAGUCCCACCGCAACGAAGUGAAGCCACCAUGAAGAUCGUCAUCGAUGACGUCAAUGACGAAAUUCCGCAAUUUGAAAAGUCUUCUUACUUCUUCGAACUGCGUGAAGAGCUACCUGCUGGCACUGAAGUUGGACAAGUCAUCGCACACGACGACGACAUAGGUGAUAAUGGCCAAUUUACAUACUCCAUGCUCAAUGAUAAUGGUUUGUUUAAAAUAACUACUCGAAAAGGAACAACUGCGAAAGAAAAUUCUGUAUGUGUGAUAACAUCCAGCAGGCCUUUCGACAGUGAGACAGAUCAAAACAGUUUUACAGUCACUAUUGUAGCAAAAGACCGUGGGCAUCCGGCAAAUGAAAACCAAGUUGUCGUUCAGAUCGAAAUUAAAAACAUCAAUGAUCAUCGGCCAAAGUUCUCUCAAGGUCUUCCCUACCUCUCUUGCCUGGUAGAGGGGACUAAUAAGAAUGCUUUUGUUACGAAAGUUGGUGCAGCAGACCUUGAUGCUGUUCAGUUGCCUUUAAAGUAUUCCCUUGUGGCGUUGGUUGACGAGGAUAAAGCCGGUCUAAGUUUAUUUCGUAUAAAUCCGACUAAUGGAAGCGUGUAUACGAAGACCAAAAUCCUGCCCAAUCAUAAACGGAUAUAUGAAGUUACGGUUUCUGUAAUGGAGAUAGGAACGGAUAGCCCCAUGUUUAACUACCAGAAGUUGGUUGUAUUUGUUGUACCUUAUAAAAGUCGAACAAUUUUUAACGAAAACUGUGUUCAAGCGGCAGUAAAAGAAUCCCGUCGGCCUAAACAUGGAUCCAUCACUACAGCAUUUCCUUACGACAGCUCGUACGUGAUUGGAAGUUACAAAAUCGAACAAGCAACCAACCCUAAUCGACAGUUCUCUGUGCUCAAAACGACUGGAUUGAUCAUGCUCGACUUAGAUCUAGAUCGUGGAAUAAGGAGUUAUUACCAAUUAAAAGUUACAGCUGAAGGGAAAAAAAACGGAAAGACUCACAAGGAUUACAUCAUUGUAAAUAUAUUCGUCAUUCCAACUAAUCACGAUGCUCCUUCUUAUCCAAAUAAUCCGGAAAGAUUCGCCAUUAGCGAAGACUCUAAGCCUAGUACAGUGUUUACCACUUUAAAACUAGCUACAGAUAACGAUGAUGGUAUGGAGGGCACGUUUAUGUACUCCAUUGCAGAAGCUUCCCCAGCUGAUGCCCCUAUCAAAAUAACCCCAAUAAAAAGGGAAAUUAUAUUUACAGAAUCGAUUGAUCGGGAGCAAAUUGAACAGUUUGUGUUAAAAGUCCGCAUAACGGAUUUAGCUUUAGACGUAGCUGCUAGACAUUCACAGACGUUUACGAUAUACUUAGUUGUAAAGGACGUGAACGACAACAGGCCUGUGUUUGUGUCGUCUAACCAAUCAAAAGUGAUGGAAGACGCCGCUGUUGGCACUUUUGUAACAACUAUUAAAGCCGAAGAUCCCGAUAGAGGAUCUACUAAAACUUCAAUCUUAUACGAGAUCUUGUCAGGAAAUGAAGAUCAAACAUUUUGGCUUAAUUCUUUCCAGGGACAUUUAAAAACGCAAAAAAACUUGGAUAUUUAUCGCCGAAAACAAUACAAGCUUGUAAUCGUCGCGAAAGAAUAUCGAGAUCCAGCCUCGGCAAAGAAAAUCCCUUCUUUAAACGCCACCGUCGAUGUUAUUAUUGACGUGGUGGACGUUAAUAAUAAUAUACCGCAAUUCACGAAGAAGGAGUACGUAGUAAACGUGAUGGAGAACAAACCGGCUGGUUCAUUUGUUAUGCAGUUAAAUUCUACAGAUGCGGAUAUAAACCCGGAAUAUAAAAAACCUUACUACGAGCUUCUUGUUGGUUACGAGCUUUUCGACAUUGAUACAAACACAGGUGUUCUCACAACAAAAAUAACUUUUGAUCGAGAAACUGUUCCAUCGUAUAACCUGACAGCGUCUGUUUCAAAUUUUGCAUCGAACGACAAAACAACUUGCCUGAUAGUCAUAAAUGUCGAAGACGAAAAUGAUCAUGCGCCGAUAUUCGUGCCAGAUGGUAGUAUAAUGUUGCAUGUUCUCGAGAAUUCCAAGCCAACAUUUCUUCAUAAAUUUCUCGUCAAGGACAACGACAUCGGCACGAACGCCGAAGUGGAAUACGCCAUUUCAAAGUUUCACGGAGAUGAUGCGUUUCACCUGGACAGUAAAACCGGAAAGCUGUCUGUUCUCAGAAGACUUGAUCGUGAAGCGAUCGAUAAAUACGAAUUUCUAGUUGAAGUUCAUAACACAAGCCCGCCAAAGCAAAGGGCGCAACAAAAUGUGACCGUCAUAGUUGAUGAUGUUAACGACGAGAAGCCAGUGUUUCAACAAAAAUCAUACAUAAAAAAUAUGAGGGAAAACAAAGUUGCGAAUGUGUCUGUUGUUCAAGUGAAGGCGAUUGACAAAGACAGUGGCACAAAUGCAAACAUACGCUACACGUUACUCGGAGACGGGGAUGGGUAUUUUUCCGUGAACCCACAUACCGGAGAAGUUUUCUUGCUGAAAGAAUUAGAUUACGAGAAGACAAAAUUAUAUCACUUGAAAGUUAAAGCAACCGGUCCCGAAAAUAAAUUUUCUGAUAUGGCUAAUGUUACUGUACGAGUGAUAGACCAAAAUGAUAACAGUCCUGUUUUUGAAAGUGGUGUUUAUGCAGUAACCGUGUCGAACAUUGCUAUGACACCCGUUGUCAAAGUAACUGCAACAGACGCCGAUGAAGACGGUAGGCAAAAGGUGACUUACUAUAUCGACCCACCGAGUCGAGAAUUCGCGAUUAACAAACGAACGGGUGCGAUUCGAAUUAUCAAUCCAACUCUAACACAAGGGCAAUAUCGCUUACAUGUCAAGGCGCAAGAUGUUGGUUUUAGCCAGCACAAAACGUUUGUUCCCGUUUUCAUUACCAUUGGCAACCCGAAUAAAACGGUUUUGUCAUUUUUGAAUAAAUCGGUCGUGUUCAGUUUGCAAGAAAACCCAGCACCAAAUACUCAGCUUGGUCGCAUAGUGGCUGUAAGCACUUUAAAUAAAUCGAUAUGGUAUCAAAUAGUUAAGGGAAGUAACCCAGGACAUGCAUUCGCGAUUACCAGCACAGGCGAACUCUACGUCAAUAACAGUGCAGCCGUGGACUAUGAAACAAACCCUGGCUUUUUUUUAGGUGUGCUCGCAACCACGCGUGAUGGUCCCAGUUCGAUCAGUUCUUUUUUAAAUGUCCUUAUCAACUUAACCGACGUCAACGAUAAUUUUCCAAGCAUUCACCCGAAAGAGUCGGAAUUUGAUUAUCCCGAAACGAACGAAAAAGACUUGCAAGGGACUAUGAUGGCUAAAUUUAUUAUAAGUGACAACGAUAAAUUGGAUAAAUACAAGCUGAAACUUGAAAUCAUUAGCGGUAAUGAUAACAAAGUGUUUGCUAUCAGGCAUAAUUAUUUAGUGCUUAUGAAGAAUAUCGACUAUGAACAACAAAAGAAAUAUCACUUGGUGGUUCGAGUUACGGAUACAGCCAAUCACUGGGACGACAGCAAAAUCACAAUUAUUGUGCAAGACCAAAACGACAAUCCGCCUGUUUUGCCUAAAUUGAAACCAAUUCACGUGAGUGAGGCCUCUCCAGUGGGAACAGUCAUUACAACAAUCACGGCUGUCGAUGUCGAUACAAUAAAAAGCGAAAUUAAGUACAGCUUAGAGUGCCUGCGUUGCCAUUCUGUGUUUAAUAUUGACAGUCAACUUGGCACGCUGACUUUAAGCGAAAGACUUGAUUAUGAACGACAAACUCGGUAUGUAUUGAACAUCUCUGCGUUUGACACCGUUCACAGGUCGUACACUGAGCUGAGAAUUAAAGUCGACGAUUCGAACGAUAACAGUCCCCAAUUUAAUCGAGCGGAAUACUCCGUCAACGUGACGAACUUCUUGAAAAUGCACACGUAUAUUACUAAAGUAACGGCUACCGAUUUAGAUAGCACCUGGUACGGACACGUGCAAUAUAAGGUCGACCCCCCAAAGGAUGCGUUUACCAUCGAACAGGAGACUGGAAUCAUAUUCACAAAUAAGGACUUCACGUUUCCUUCUGAAGUGAAAACGUUCAAGCUGGGCGUUUUAGCUUACGAUUUUUUGGGAAGAAAUGGUAGUAAAAGCUCCACGGCUACCGUAUUAUUAACAAUCUCCGGUAAAAAGGCUAUCAAUCUUGUCUUCGGAAGAAGUGUGUAUUACCUGACAAUUUCGGAGGGCGCAACAAUCGGUUCCCAUGUUGACAAGGUACUUGCGACUCCCUCUGAUGUUUACCAACCCAUACAGUAUCGCAUAUUAGAUAAAGGUAAUGAUGGCGAUGCGUUUAGCAUUGGUGUGUACUCGGGAGAAAUCAAAGUUAACAACCCGUUAGACAGAGAAAAGAAAGAUGGUUAUACUCUAGAGAUCAUUGCGACAGCCCACGAUUUAAAUAUAUCUGGCAAAUGCGUUGCGAGAAUAAAGAUUGAAGAUGCUAACGAUAAUUCGCCAUAUUUUUUGAAGAAUUCGUAUAAUAUCUCUGUAAAGGAAGACGUAAAUAUUGGUUCGUCGUUGAUUCAGUUGACGGCGUAUGAUUCCGACGAUCCGACGACUGGCAACGCGAAAAUUAAAUACGAAAUUCACUCAGGACAGGAUUUAUUCGGUUGGUUGAGCAUAGACCCGGACACUGGUUGGGUGAGUACUGCAAAAGAACUGGACCGUGAAACCACUUCGCAAAUCAAACUGACUAUUAAAGCGGCUGACCGGGAAGGAUUAGGACGAAAAACGUUCGUUAGUUUAAACGUAACAGUUCUUGACGUUAAUGACGAAACACCGCAAUUUAAAGUUCAAGUUCAAGUUCCUUUGAAAAUCAAAGAAAAUUUACCUCCCAAUAGCAUGGCUUUAAAAGUAAAUGCAGUAGAUAAAGACGAAGGCUCGAAUGGUUUGGUCAAUUAUCGCAUUAUCAACGGGACAGGUGUGAGUAAAUUCCACAUGAAAGAUGCUACCAGUGGCUGGGUGUACACAACCAAGUCGUUGGAUUACGAACAGGUCCGUGUGUACAGUCUGAGUGUGCUAGCCAUCGAUAACGGCAAACCGCCCAGAUCUGCAAGCUUCGAAUAUCAAAUUACUGUGGAAGACGUAAACGAAUAUCAACCGGAAUUUUUAAAACAGACGUACGAGUUCAAAAUUCCUGCUAGCCUAAAAGUUGGUAGCGAAAUAGGAAGGGUGAAUGCGACAGAUAAGGACGGUGGCACGGCUGGGAUAGUACGCUAUUUGAUAUUCCCGAUAAAUAUCGAAGAGUUCUCUGUUAAUCAAACGAGCGGUGUAAUUGUUGUUAUGCAAGACCUUCGCCGAAAUAGAGAAUCCAAGAGAAAUAGACGAAGUGUUGGCGACCAACCUCUUUCGUUUAAAGUGCUUGCAGAUAACGGUCCUAACACGACCGCGAGUAGUACAGAGAUAACGGUUGCUGUUAAUUUUACAUGUCCAGGAUGUGCUCGUAUAACUACCGAAAUUAUACAUGCACCUAAGUCCGCAACCAUAUCCACCCUGGUGAUAGUGGCAUCAGUGUCUGUGUUCGUAUUAGUGUUGUUUCUAUUGUGUGUCGUGGUUUAUUGCCGUCGCAAGAGAACUUGUCUACAACAAACUAACCAAAGUCCAUUUUGCAAGCCGAAAAAAGACAAUUUGGGACCUAGCUCAUCGGUGGAACGCGAACUUUUGCACAGUAACGCCUCGUCUUUCGAUCCUUUACAACCUCCCUUUUUUUCAAGCUACAACAACAAGCCAGAAACCCAGACCUCUUCUGAUACAGGAGGUCUUGUUCCAGAGAGUGGCAAUACGGUAAGAUCUGUGUCAGCUACCGAUAAAGCAAGCACAUAUUCUUUCGGUAUUUAUCAUGAACAAGCUAUUCCAGAAUCGGAAAUCCGACCAUUUUCGGAUACAUUGUCCAGCAUGAGCCUAAAAGAUCUCGAGCAAGAUAGCGUAUUUGCUUAUCCAUCGACGAAAAUUAAAAAAAAGCCAACCAGAAGCUGCGUGUCUAGAUCUACCCAGCAAAGCAGCUUGUACAGCAUCAGUUCUAGCACGGCAGUAACUUCUUUUACACGCCCGCCUGCUCAAAAGCAAUCUAAAAUCACCGAGCGUGCUAGUAGUCACGAAAGCUUGAAGGAUUUCCGAGAAGAAGGAGGUGGUGAAGCCGCGAGUGGAAUCGAUGUUGGGAAUCUCCUUUAUGUCAAGUUAGCAGAAGUAGACGCUGAGGAGCAAGAUGCUGUCAUGGAUGGAGUGAGACCAUUCCAAGAGGAAGGAGUGUUAUCUCACGGCGAUUCUCUGAGCACGAUUAUUGGUAGUGAAGAUGACCUUCGAGGGAACUAUGAUUAUAAGUAUAUGAAUAACUGGGGACCACAAUUUAAUCCGGUGAAUUCUGUUUUCUCGGAGAUAGGUAGAACUAACAAACUCGCAACACAUUCGAUACCAGAACACAGCGUAUUGAAUACUACUGAUAAUCGCUAUAAUAACUGUACAAGAGAUCAAAAUAUACCAAAUCAUCCGGAUGAAAUCCCGUUGCAAGUACUAAAAUCCGGACGAACAAGCAUGCUGUCGUCUGUUCCAUCAUUACCGCGUACACCACAAGAAAUCCCGUCAGCUUAUACGUCCGGUGCACUAUCGCCGAACUUUACUCCGGCACUUACGCCGCUUGUAUUUCGUUCACCGUCGGUUUCCUCGGUCGGUACGCAAGAAAAUUACGGAUCCCACUCACCCGGUGCGGGUGGGUUUAAAAUCGGACUAACUUCUCCAUUGCACAGGACAGAAAGCAUGAUUACGUUAUCCGAUAUUGAUGUUUCGGACGAAGAAGUGUAACUGUUCUCGUACUGGUUCAUUGUUUGCUUUCUUGUAACAAGAAAGUUUUAUGCUGCACAUCAAAAGAUUUCCUUCGAAAAAAGGAGGACAUGUAUAUUUUUUAUUUUUAACACGGAUGUGAUCAGUUAAAUAGCUGCUUGGAAUUCAAUAUUUGAACGAAAUUUAUCAGUUAGUCUGUAAAUAAUUUGUUUGCUGUAACGCGACAAAGCCUGAUAAAAUCUCGCCUGAAGUUUGUAACAAAAUAAAGUCCCAGUUACCUACUUUCCCACCUGAAAGAAUGGCCCUCCCUCCUUGCGUUAUUUUUUCUACCUCGCGUUCCAGCAAACGAAUACCUUAGGGUGAAAAAAAGGGGCGAGAAUAAAAUAUUACGGAACCAAUCAUUGCCUUUACGCUACCUUGAAGUAAACCUCAGAUAAUCUCAUACAACAUAAAUGUCCUAGAUUUCUGUGCUCUAUAUGUUGCGACCUUUUCUGCUUACAACAAAAGUACGUUUUGCGAAGUUUUAUCAGCAACGAAGUUUUCCAAACAAUUAGAAAAACCUUUAUUAUUCGGUCAUUAUAAUCGUUAACAGUGUUAGCAUGUCGAAAACAUCGACUUUGCUCAUUCUUUUUCGAAACAAAAAUCUUAACAUUGCACAAAAAUUGUUAAAAAUCAAAUCACUUAAUUGAAUACCUAUUGCGUUUUUAUUUUUUUUUUUAUUUUUAUAAAUAUUUAUCAAGUGAACUAUUUAAAUCACCUUCGAAAUUCAAGAAAGAGAAUUUAUUUUCUUGGUAAUUUUUUUAAUGGUUUUUAUCAUUAGUUUUAACUUAUACAUUAAUAUGAUUAUUUCGUAAAAAACAUGUCAUGUAAAUAUAUCCUU